CAACUUUCAGGGCUGGAUGAAUCAAGCUGGUGACGCCGUGGAAGAGCAUGCGUCGAUGCCGCACUACAUGCUCCCCAAUUUCUCUUCCAUCCUUCCGGAGUACGCCAACUCGGAGGCCGAGCACAUCAAGUGCGCGUUUUCGACGGGUAACUUCACGUCCAUUGUCAAGAUGCCCAGUCGGCUCGCCCCCAAUGCAGUCAUCCAAGCUCGCCAAGACAACAUGGACGAGAAUCGGCGCAAUGUCGUCGCGGCCAGGGGGCCACCUAAGAUGGUCACGAAGAACGGUCUGUUUAACCAGUUUGAGUACACGCCGUCGCGAUAUAGUCUGAGCGAUGAGAUCCUCCGAGCUGAACGCCUGGAAUCCGAGGCAAAGCGGCUCGAAAUAGGCGGGAAAGAUUUUGUGUGCAGCAGUGGCGCGCGCAAGCUCAAGUACGAAGACGGAUUCGAAGACAAGGAGUACGUGUACCCGCACAUGGAGGUGCACUACAACGACGCGAUCGACGCUGCCGUACGGAAGAGAUGGAUGGAGGACAAGAAGAUCUUGCACGGCGCGUUCAUUCCUGGCGGCGCGACCAAGGCGAUUGGGGCGCCGCCCACGCGAAAGAUGCUGCCCGAUCUGUUAAAAGAGCUCACGGAAACGAUCGUCAGCGACUGGGAAGACUGCAAGAUUGUAAUUGCGCCCACAGACGACGGCAACAUUGCGAUUCGUUUUGACGUGGACACAAUCGGCGGCGUCGAGCACGCCGUGACAGCAUACAUGAAUGUCCUGUGCAACAACCACCGCAUCACAACGAAGUACGCGCUGCUCAAGGUACCAAGGAUGACGGCAUGGUUUGGAUUGACAGGGGGGUGGUGGUGUGGGCUGUAGGUGGUCGAAGACUGGAACACCAAGCCCGGCGACAACGGGCUCUACUUUGUGUUUCGGCCGCCGUGGAUUCGCAACCCGAUCCCAGAGGCCUUUAUGGACGUGGCGCAGGCCACAGCCGACGAGGGCAGUUGACGACGACCCUGCAAAUACAAACAGCUGAUUCAUUGAAACUCUGCCGAGGAUGAUAGCCCUGCUGACCACACCACGGGCUGCUUCGAAAGCCCGAUAGCCCUGCUGACCACACCACGGGCUGCUUCGAAAGCCCCUCCGCGUUUGCUUCGACCCGACAUUGGGUGCAUCGAGGCCAACAGGUUGUCGCCGCCUUGUUCCGUCGGGGUGGCAGAGUUCAGCGGCAUGUGGC